GAGGAUGUGGCAGUGCGGUUCAGCCGGCAGGAGUGGGCAAGCCUGGACGAGGGACAGAAGGAAAUGUACCGGAGCGUCAUGGAAGGCAACUACGAGAUGCUGGUGUCCCUGUACUCUGCCCUGUCCAAGCCCGAACUGUUACUGCAGCUGGAAAGUGAAGAGCUGAGCACGCCGCCGGAAUCAGAGACAGAGGCAGAAGAGAUGUCCCCAGAGGCGCUGGCUGUAGAGCCAGCCCUACAGAACUGCACCAGCGAUGGUGCACUGCUGGAGACAGAGACAAUGGACAGGGGCUGCAGGGAGCCAGAGGAAAGCGGGAAUGUGGCAGAGAAAAGCGAGAACCUGGUGGAGGAAAGCUGGGGCCUAGUGGAGAUACGAGGGAACCUGAUAAAGGAAAUCUGGGAUGUGGCAGAGGAAAACAGGAGCACGGGAGAGGAAAACAGAAGCACAGGAGAGGAUAACAAGAGCCAAGCAGAGGAAAACAGGAGCUCGGCAGAAGAAAACAGGAGCUUGGCAGAAGAAAACAGGAGCUCAGCAGAGGAAAACAGGAGCUCAGCAGAGGAAAACAGGAGCUCGGCAGAAGAAAACAGGAGCUCAGCAGAGGAAAAUAGGAGCACAGCAGAGGAAAACAGGAGCUCAGCAGAGGAAAACAGGAGCCCAGCAAAAGAAAGUGGGAACCCAGCAGAGGAGAGUGGGAACAUGAUGGAGGAAAGCAGUAGCCCAGUGGUCCCAGAUAACUGCAGCACACGUGAGUGCCUGGCAAAUUGUGCUGCUGCUGUGAGGGGUCCUGGAGCCCUGCCUGGCUGUUCCUUUCCCUCCUUCAUCCCUGCUCUUGCCCUCACAGCCCCUGUCCAUCUGGAAGCCCCCGCUGUCCCGGCGGAUCUCAGCCAGCCGAGAUCCCCUCCCUGCCCGCUCUCCGUGCACUGCCAGGACGCCGUGGGUCAGAACAGUUCUCCCCCUGCAGCAGGAGAUGCUGAAGCGGGGAUCCCGAUGGAGGUGCCACAGGAGGAGGUUGCUGCAGAGAAUUUGUCAAUGCCCAAAACACCCUCCAAGGGUCUGGAAGAGGACAAGGGUCAGGAAGAGGAGGCUCUGAAAGAUGCAGGGAAUACUGGCCAAGAUCUGGUGGCUGACAUUCCUGAAGAACCAGGAAGGGAGGUGGCACCAGAUGUCCACAAGAUGACAGAACAGGCAGAUCCCAGCCCAGGGGAGCCGGAGAAGGACUCCUGCGUGGGCCGGCCCGUGCCCUGGCAGCGAAAUUCCGCCCGGGAAUUUUACUCCUGCCCCAUCUGCAGGAAAACCUUCCUGCUGAAGAUCAACCUCCUGAUCCACCAGCGUGGCCACACCAACUGGGUGCCCUAUGUCUGCGUCCACUGCGACCGCAAGUUCAUGUCCAAGAAGAAAAUCAGGCGGCACCUGCGCGCCUGGGCGGCCAACGGGACGUGCCAGCCCUCGGAGCUGGAGGUGUGUCCCGGCCAGGUGCCAUUCCCAGCGUCCCAUCCCCAAACCUGGCCAGCUAAUGGCAUGUACCAGGCCUCAAAGCCAGAGGAGUGUCCCAGUAGGACACCGUGCUCACCAUCCCAGCCCCAAGCCUGGGCACCCAAUGGCACCUGCCAGCCUUUGGAUGCAAAUGGAUGUCCCAGCCAAGGGAUGCCGUGCCCAACAUCCCAGCCUCAAAGCUGGGCACCCAAUGGCCCCUGCCAGCCCUUGGAUGCAAAGGCAUGUCCCAGCCAGGGGCCGUGCCCAGCAUCCCAGUGCCCAACAUCCCAGCCCCAAACCUGGGCAGCCAAUGGCACCUGCCAGGCCUCGAAGCCGGAGGAGUGUCCCAGCCAGAGCCUGUGCCCGUCCUCGCAGCCACAAGCCCCGAGCAGGGACUGUGGCACGGUGUGGCAGGAGCCCGGCCCCGCCCGGUGCUCGCUGCCACCUGGAAAAGUGAUGUACACGUGCACGGAGUGCCGGGAAAGCUUCUCCAACCAGGUGUUCCUGACGGUGCAUCAGCGCCGGCACUCGGGCCACCACCUCAUCCUGUGUCCCUGCUGCAACCGCAGCUUCACCUGGGUCUCGGACUUCGUCCGGCAGCACUGGAUGCUCAUGGGCGUCCGGCCCCACCAGUGUGGCAUCUGCCAGAAGACCUUCAAGAGGUUCUCCCACCUCAAGGCGCACCAGAGGAUCCACAGGCGGCAGGAGCGGCCGUUCGCCCGCGCCAACCCGGGGCCCGUCGUGGCGGCUCCCGCGGCAGGGGACGGGGUGGGAAGCCAGGCUGUGACCCCCCAGGGAUGGGUCCCUGGGGCCCUCCCGGAAUGGGAGGCUGCUGUUGGAGCUCAGGGUGUACACACAGGGGUGGGGGAAGCUGCUGCUGAAAUUUGA